CCACCACAUAGCAAGCCCGCGAAGAAUUGUCAUGGUGGCAGAUAAUGAGCGAAAACGAGCAAAGCACACACGGUCGAAGCGCGGCUGCGCUGUAUGUCGCCUCCGCAAAGUUAGGUGCGAUGAGACGAGGCCCGCAUGUACUAAAUGCACCUCUACCGGCCGUAAAUGCGAAGGAUACCCUGACGUGACGUUAUGGAAGCCGCACGCUUCGCCUCAAAUUAUACGACCGAAGAUUGCAACAGCCGAAAGCUCUGCGGAGCAGCGCUCGUUUGCGUACUUCUGUCGCAACACAUCGAGAGAAUUCGCUGCCCCUUUCGGCAACGAAUUCUGGAAAUGUCUGGUCUUGCAGGUUGCCGAGCGGGAACGAUGCGUGAAGCAAGCCAUCGUAGCACUGGGAGCCCUGCAUGAGUCCUUUACCGACCAGUACCUUCCUCCACAUCUUCAAUCGCCAUUGGCCCCCCACCAUCUACACAGACCAAGCUGGAACCUCACUAAUCUAGCGACUAAAUCAUAUACAACUGCUCUUCGCGAGUUGCAGAAACACAUAAUGCCAGAUGCAUACGACGACUUGCAUGUCUCGCUCCUCUGUUGCAUCCUUCUCACCUCUUUCGAAUGGCUUCGAGGCUCCUACGCCGCAGCAAUAACCCAUCUCAAAUCCGGACUAUACAUUCUACGCCAGUGGUCCUCCUCAACAUCGAAGAACACGCCUACGGCGCAUUUCAUUCGGAAAAAGCUCGCGCCUAUAUACAUUCGGCUGAGCAUACAAGCACGCACCUUCUCACAAGAUAUCAUUCCUGUACCCUGGCUCUCCGAUGGUCUUUUCGCUCCUCCUGCCGCAGAGGACAUCCACAACGAAGAAGAGCACCUCCAAGCGGCACGCAAUGCGCUCGACGUGCUCUGCGGUGACGUUUACCUCAGCCCACACAGCCUCAAACUAUUUUCAAGUGACUUCACAAUCAGUCGAGCAGCUUCUUUCAAUUUUUCCUCACGCCUCUCAAAGUGGUGGAUGGAGUACCACAGACAUCUUUUGCCGCCGUCGUAUUCACAGCUUUCAUCUCCACGCCCCGAGAACGUCAACUUGACGCUGUGGUACACGAUCCUAACCCUACUACAAAGCUCCUUUUCUACGGCUGAUCCCAUGGAACUCGACAAGUACACGCCGCAAUUCAGGCAGAUAGUUGAUCUGUCUAGAAUCCUUAUGUUGUCCAGCACUUCGCCUGCUCCAUUCCAGCGUAUUGGGACCAGGUCCGAUCCACCGAAAACGGCUCGAUUCCGAAUCGACAUGGAGGUUAUUCCCAUGCUGUAUCACGUCGGGAGCAAAUGCAGACAUCCCGCUCUCCGACGUGAAGCCAUCACUCUGCUUCGCGGCGGGGCGAACCGCGAGGGUCUCUGGGAUGGAUGGGCGUCUGCUACGCUGGCGGAGCAUAUCAUGACUGUUGAGGAGGAGGGGGUGGAGAGAGUGGAGACGUGUGAGCCGGACAGUGUACCGAGGGCUCAGCGUGUGAUGAAGUUGCAAGAGGUAACGGAUUUGGAGGCCCGUACGACGCGGGUGCGAUAUCAAAAAAAUGGUGAAGACGACUAUGGGGCAUGGAAGGUCUUGACGUGGUAGCUAUUUUGUGUACGAUGGGGACUCUGGGGACCGUUGACGCUUCUUGGACAUGAGCGAAUUGGCACCACCUGGGCGGCCUGGAUGCUGAUAGGGCUGAUAAUUGCCCAUCCACGC